AUGUCUGGAACAAUGAAACUCAUCAAAAUUGCCCUAGCUUGUGCACUAGCCCUAACCUCAAUCCUCCACGCAACUGAAGCAGCAGGUUUCAGCGUCGAUCUGAUCCACAGAGAUUCCCUAAAAUCCCCCUCCCUCCAAUCCUCCUUCGAGCACGUCGAAGCCACCGUGCAACGAUCAUUCAACCGCGCGAAAACCCUAAUCCUCAGAGACGGUGGCAACAACUCCCCACAAGCAGCCUCCGUCGACAUUGUCCCCGACGCCGGCGAGUACCUCAUGAGGUUCGGCCUCGGCACCCCCCAAGUCGAAACCCUAGCCAUCGCCGACACGGGGAGCGACCUCACGUGGGUGCAGUGCGCCCCCUGCCAGAAAUGCUUCAAGCAGAAGGCCCCAAUCUUCGACCCGAGCAAAUCCUCCACCUACAAGCCGGUCGCUUGCACGUCACCCACGUGCAAAUCCGUCCGCAGCACCUCCUGCGGCGGCGCCAAGGGCGUCUGCAACUACUCCAUCCAGUACGGCGACAGAUCCUACAGCAGAGGCGACCUCGCCACCGAAACCCUAACCCUAGGCGCCAACGAGUCCGUCCCCGCGACCAUCAUCGGCUGCGGCCACGUCGACCAGGGCACGUUCGGCGCCGGCGCGUCGGGGAUCGUCGGCCUCGGCGGCGGGAAAGAGUCGUUGAUCCGGCAGAUGCAGAGCUCGAUUAAGGGGAAAUUCUCCUACUGCCUCGUCCCGAUAUCCGGGCGGUCGAGCCAGCCGAGCAAGAUGCACUUCGGGGACGAGGCCGUGGUCUCCGGCGCGGGGGUUUUGACGACUCCGAUCGUCGCCAAGUCGCCGGAUACCUUCUACUAUCUGACUUUGGAAGGCAUGAGCGUUGGAAACAAGAGAUUCAACCUGGCUCCGUUGUCGUCGGACGACGACGAAGGCGGCGAUGAAGGCGGCGACGUGUUUCAAUCGGGGGAAGGGAACAUAAUCAUAGAUUCGGGGACGACGCUGACGUUCCUCCCGAGCGAGAUGUACCGGGAAGUGGAGACGGCGGUGAAGAGGGAGGUGGGAAUGAAGGAGAUCGCGGAUCCGGCGAGACAGCUGAAGCUGUGCUACCCUGCGACGGAGGAGUUUGAGAGCAGGAUUCCGGAAAUCACGGCGCAUUUUAAGGGGACUGAUGUGAAGUUGAAGGCUUACAACGCUUUUGUUAAGACGAGUGAGAGUUCGGUGUGCUUUGCCUUUGCGGAGUCGACUAGUUUGGGGAUUGCGAUUUAUGGGAAUCUGGCGCAGAUGGACUUCUUGAUCGGGUAUGAUUUGGUGAAGAAGACGGUGUCGUUUAAGCCAACUGAUUGUAGCCAAGCAUGA